GAUAAAAAUCCUAUUUUGACUUUCUCAAUGUUUUAUUUUCUCCCUCGUUGUAAAAAUUGUAAUAGGACACCAACAUGUAGCAAGGAACAAGAGUGAUCAAAUCCUAAGCUUCUUGUUACCGCAAUGGCAGAAAUGUCCAAAGCGCCCACUUCAGAGGACAAUAUCCGGCAGUCCGACCAAUCUGCCGCCACCGAGUUCAACCCGGAAACCAUGAGGAAGACCAAACCCGGCAGGAAGCGGCUGUUUCUUACGCUCGCCGUCUUGUUUUCUUUCCUCACCGGUUUUCCGUUUAUGUUGAAAACGAUCGAGAUCCAUAGAGCUCCAUUGCCGUUUAGCGACAUUGAUUCACUUGCUUUGUCAAUCGAAAGGAGUCCCUUGUUGUUUCCAUGUAAAUUUCAAGCUGUAUUUUUGAACUUGGAUCACAGAACUGCUUCCACUGCGGAUGAAUUAGGCUUUCUGAUCAAUAAUAAAGUGCAAAAACUCACUGCAGCAAAACCCCCAGUUUGCGGUACUUGUUUAAGCAAUUUUACUGUUGGAGUAACACUUGACAGCUCAAAUUCGAACUGCAUUUACAGCGAAAAUCAGGAUAUUGUCUGGAAAUGUGGAGCAUUAAGUGGUCUUGAUUUUGAUGAGCAUUUGGAAGAUCAUGAUUUUGAUGAUUUUUUAGAGUCAUUGCUAGAUAGUAAGACUAGUAGGGUGUAUACAGUUGUGGUAGUGAAUAGGGAUGAUGAGGUUAGAGCAGUGGUUGGGAAGCAUCGGCAUGCUUGGGUUGUAGGUAAGCUCUCGGAGCACGAAGCUGCGGAGAAAGUGGCUGAAAUUUUCGUUGAUGUGUUUGUGAAUGGCGGGAAAAAAGAAGGAUCGAUACAUGGAGAAUUUAUGCCAGUUGGUGCAGAUGGUAGAGUUGUGCUUUCAUUCAAUCUCUUGAAUGCUGAACCUCGUGAUUGGAUUUAUGAUUGGGAUUUUCAAGAGUUAGAUGAUAUGUUGUUGUCUCCAAUUGUUCAAGCAUUGACACCAAUAGCUAACAUUAGUGUAGAGAGUCAGGUUUUGUACCAUACUCCGAAGUCCUCUUUUGCUAGAUGGGAUGAAAAGCAUGGCAGCUACAUUUUCACUAUCAAAGAUCUUCCUUUCUUUGUGAAUUCAAAUGAGUGGCAUUUGGAUACUUCAAUAGCAGCUGGUGGCCGUUCAAAGAUUCUGCACUUUGUGGUUUAUAUCCCAUCAGCAGAAGAGUGCCCUCUUCAGUUGCAGCUUCCAAAUGGAAAACUUUCAGCGACAAAUGGCUUUAUAUCUCCUACGUGGGGAGGGGUAGUUGUUUGGAAUCCUCCUGUCUGUUCAAAGAAUUCAGGGAUGCAACCCCUCAGACAUAGGAUUCGCUCUGAGGACAUCAAGAAGGUUUUUGAAGUAUUCAUGGGACAGUUACGACAGCUCUUUGGUCUGAGUUCUGAUAGCCUCUAUCUUGGCGCUACUACCACAUCUAAACUAUUAACCAGUGAAAACGGCUUUACACAAUGGGAAUUGGAUUUCAUAUCACGACAACACACGUGCUUCAAUCUUCUACAAUGUGGCACCACUCUUGGAUCACUUAGUCGAUUGGUUCAGUCACUUCCUAGGAUGAUCAUCAUGGAUGAGAUAGGGAAGCAGGUGAAGCUCUCUCUGGAUGCGGCAAGUUCAUCCCUAACCAACGUAUCAUUUGGAAAUUAUGAUGCAUCAGCUGUUUCAUCAAGACAGGCGAGAUCAUUGGCAGAAGAUGCCUUUUACCAUCCGUCCAUGAUGUCACUGAGCUACUACUCGUUCGAGCACUGCUUUGCUGUCUAUUCGCCCUUCUUUCUGCCAGUGGCUCUGCAUGUGAUUCUUGCUGUUCUGAGAGAAUUGAAAAGAUACAAACAAGAAAACAGAAAGUACGUGACACGGAAAGGCUGCUCUACUUAGCUGUGUGGAUGGAUUUAGUUUCACCCAUCUUUUUUAAAAUCAAAUGCAUAAUUUUAGUGUAACAUGUAUAUUUAAGAUUAUACCACUAAUUAAGAAAAAAAUCUUUAUUUAUUUAUUUUGUCCCCUAUUUUUCAUGGAUUUUGCCGCAUGAAAAAAAUCUUAAUUCAUUAAAAUACAAUUUACUUUGUAUUUUAAGCUUAUAUAGCUCUACAAUUAGAAGCUCACAACUAGUAUUAUACUUAUAUUUUUAAUGUUUUAAUAGUACAGAAUACUUUCAUAUUUUUGUGCAGGUUGAGCCGGGGGUCUCUUGGAAACAGUCUCCCUACUUCCGAGUAGGGGAAAGGUCUGCGUACACACACCCUACCUAGACCCUACUGUAGUGGGAUUCAACUGGGUUGUUGUUGUUGUAAUAAUACAGAAUAUUAUUGAGUUUCUCUCCUGCGUAGAGGAAUGAGAGCCCAAACUAUGCAUUUGACUUAAAUUGACAUGGGUUUGGAAGAGUAUUUUAUGAGUCCAAUCAUUCUCACUUUUGAGAGUCCAAUCAAUUAAGUAUGAAUAU